AGCAAACGUCACAGCAAUGCCGGAACUGUCCCAGAAACAAACAGGCAUGCAUCAACAACAUUCCAGCCAAGCGAAAUAUUUCAAAUCGUUGUAUAGGUAGGCUGCUUUCAAUUAUGUUGUAUUGUUAUUCAUUUCAGCAACGACAGAAGUCUCUUCGCCGUAUUUAAAGAAAUGAGCGGAUGUCUUCUGGAUGAGGAGAAGUUUCACAUUUGCUGCAAGGACCUUCUUCAGCAUUCCGACACCGUCAGAGACGGUUGGACUUGGGAACAGGGACAGAGCACGGAGGAUGGCUACCUCAAGAAGAGUACCCUGGGGCCUGGCAGAGUGGGCUGCAUCACGGACCAGGAUAAGGAGGACAGAGGAGCAGGAGCAGCCCCAAGGCAUCUUACAGCCACGCUGACCAGGCAGGAUCCACCGGACUCUGAGGGACAGCAGAUGUUAACUGCUAAGGUGACUUUUGUAGAUGAUGAAGAUGAUGUUAUCGACGAUAAUGAUGAUGAAGAGCUCACGUGUAGCAGUGUAUCAGAAGGCAGCAACCAGGUGGUUCAGUACGAGUAUCACAUCCUCUUCUCCUGCAGUUACCAGACCCCUGUACUCUACUUCAGAGCCUCAACACUCGAUGGUAGGAGUCUGUCUCUAGAGGAGGUGUGGAACGGUGUUCAUCCCAAUUACAGAAUCAGACUCCAGAACAGCCCCUGGGAUUCUAUCACACAACAGGAACACCCAUUGCUGGGCCAGUCUUUCUUCAUGCUCCACCCCUGUAAGACAGAGGAGUUUAUGCGGCCUGUGAUGCAGGCAGCCUUGGAGGAACACAGGCAGGUGAACUAUGUAGUGACAUGGCUGAGUGUGGUGGGUCCAGUUGUGGGGCUGGACAUUCCUCUCAGCUACUCCACACAGGUACGACCUCCCUCACCUUUCCACCCCGCCCAGUGAGCCAGUCAGACGUAGACGGGUGCCCCUCCACACCUCUCCACCCUCUGGGGGGGGGGGGGGGGGGAAUGACUGCUCCACCUCCUCCCUGUCAGCCAAUGAGACAGAUGUACCAGUUACCUCCUCCACCAAUCCUGUGUGGGUUGGGAGCCAGCCAGACUGAAACAGGGACUGUGUCUGUCUGGCUCAUGGAUAAACACACACACACACACACACAGAGAUGUGUCUGAAAUCCACCACUGAAGUACAGAUUAAGUUUGGGGUGGCUGAUUGAUACUUGACAUUGUAUUCAUGUGGGGGCAAGGUUAACCCACUAUGUACUUGUGGAGAGAGCACAUGAAAUACUACUGCCAUCUGCUGGUGGUGACUGAACAUUACAGUUGUCUGGGCUUCACUGUAUUCCUCAAGGCAAUAACUUGAUCUAGAGGUCCCUAAUGUGUUUUUUGUUUACACUGAAUACUACAAAUGGAGCACAGCUUAUGCUUUCUCAUGCUUACCAAUGUAACUAAUCAUCCUGUUUUGCUUUCUUCACUCCCCAAAUAGUUAACCUUUAGUACUUUGGAAAUCAAGUUGCUUACAUGUCUCUAUGUAUGCGUCUUUGUGUGUAUUAUAGUUGACAUUGAUGAAGAAUUGUGCAUCUGUUUUUGAUAUUAAUCUUUCACAACCUCAACUUAAAAGACUACCAGACAGUGAUCUAUUGUGUGUGUUGUCUGUAAAUCCACAUUGUGUUUUUUGGCCACAUAAAUCCACAUUUUCUGUCUCUUGGCUGCAGUGUAGGGGAUGGAUAUACUAGAUAACAGGACCACUGGGAGAGAAGGAAAUACUGUUCUAGUGAGCGUGUGGGUGUGUGUACUGUAAGUCUGCUAUAGUGUUGCCUCAGACGAACCUUUCUCCUAGGUCUAUGUCCACCACUGACAGAGGAUGGGAUUGGUUCAUGGUUGCAGAGCGUACGUCCACACGGAUGUAGGUAGUGAUGUAGGAGAAGGUGACAACCAAGUUGUUCCCCACUUUGUCAUGCAAGAAUCAAAAGAUCGACCUGUAAUUAUUUGAAGAAAAAAAGAAACCCACAGGAUUGAUGUCAGCAACCCUUACCCUGAUGAGUUACCUAUAAGGUGUAUGUGCGGACUGCACACUCAUGGCUUCAUGUUGUAAUCGUUUUCUUACUAUUCUCAAUUUCUCUGCCUCCUGUGAUUUCAUAAACACGUACACG